GUUAGAUUCGAUUCGGCCUGUUUCAGCGCGUAGAUAAGUUGCAUUAUGAUGGAUUUGUGAAUAGUGGUUGGGUGAGAAUGUGUCAACUUGUAUAUAGAUAAUUCUUUUCUCUAUGCUUUCUUUUUUGUAUUUGUUUAUUUUCUGCCUGUCCCACUUAUUAAUUUUAAAAAAUUUAACUUUUAAGUGGUGUUGUAGAUUUUGGAAAUGUGGAAAUUUUUACAGUUUGGUGCAUCUUCUUGGAGAAUUAAUGUGAACAGAUUUGUGGUUGCAGGAUGGCAGCAACAUCAGCAACCACUUUUUCCAUUGGAUCUAUUGCACCAACUGGCCCUCAAGUUGGCCGUAUACAGUCGUUGGCCUUUAACAUCAAUUUGAACCCGAAAAACCACCUUCGGAGUUUCAGCGGCCUCAAGGCAGCAACCUCUGUAAGCUGUGAAUCAGAAUCAUCAUUCUUGGGCAGUGGAAGCAGCCUUGUUCUCGAGCGCUCUUACAAUACAGAAGCCCAGAAACACAGCCAGAGAUCUUACAGUUAUGUUCAGCCUCAUGCAUCAUAUAAAGUAGCUAUUCUUGGGGCUGCGGGUGGUAUAGGCCAGCCACUAGCCCUUCUCAUCAAGAUGUCGCCACUAGUUUCUGCACUGAACCUUUAUGAUAUAGCAAAUGUCAAGGGAGUUGCUGCUGACCUUAGUCACUGCAACACGCCGUCUCAGGUUGCGGAUUAUACGGGAGAAUCUGAGUUGGCCAAUUGUUUGAAAGACGUAGAUGUUGUUGUCAUACCUGCUGGUGUUCCAAGUAAGCCAGGUAUUACCCGUGAUGACCUCUUUAACAUUAAUGCCAAUAUAGUGAAGACCUUGGUCGAGGCUGUUGCUUAUAAUUGCCCCGAUGCCUUCAUUCACAUUAUCAGCAAUCCAGUAAACUCCACAGUGCCAAUUGCUGCUGAGGUUUUGAAACAGAAAGGGGUUUAUGAUCCAAAAAAGCUCUUUGGGGUGACCACUCUUGAUGUUGUCAGAGCAAAUACUUUUGUUGCUCAGAAGAAAAACCUGAAGCUGAUUGACGUGGAUGUCCCAGUUGUGGGGGCCCAUGCGGGGAUUACUAUUUUGCCCUUGUUGUCAAAGACAAAGCCUUCUGUUGCUUUCACUGAUGAAGAAGUCGAAGAGCUAACUGUAAGGAUUCAAAAUGCCGGAACAGAAGUUGUCGAGGCAAAAGCUGGAGCUGGUUCUGCAACUCUAUCUAUGGCAUAUGCUGCGGCACGAUUUGUUGAGUCCUCCCUCCGUGCUCUUGAUGGGGAUAGUGACGUCUAUGAAUGCUCUUAUGUCCAGUCCGAUCUGACUGAACUCCCAUUCUUUGCCUCAAGAAUUAAGCUUGGAAGGAAUGGGGUUGAGGCUGUGAUUUCAUCAGAGCUUCAAGGACUAACCGAGUUUGAACAGAAGGCUUUGGAAGCUCUUAAACCAGAGUUGAAGGCUAGCAUUGAGAAAGGUGUAGCUUUUGUUCAGAAGCAACCAGUGACUGCUUAAGUUUAUACUGCAGCUGAAGAAUCUUUGAUGGAAAAUAAACUCCGGGCCAUUGCACAUUCACUGAUGCAUCAGAUUCCAGUUUUGUAGGCAACUUACUGAACCAUGUGGUCCUCCCUUUUUCUGUAUUCAAGUGAAGAUGAGCAUUUAAUGUUGUAGAAGUUGUGCUAAUUAUGUGGUACUUCAAAUUUGAUGAUACCAUUACAAGAACAAUGUACGAAUAGUUUUUGAGUUUUUAAUGUAUAUUUAACCAACAUACACUGUAUACUUCGAAAGAUAUCUUUAGAGCUUGAGACAUGCGUUCA